AUGCGUGCGCUGGCCGCCUGGCUUGCUGGUGGCGGCGUGCGCGCUGGCGUCGCUGGUGCUGCUGCUCGCCGCGCCCUCGCCUCGGUGCUCGCACCCACCUCCGCCCACGACUCCGCCGCCGCCGCGCCGCCGCGCAUCCUUCCGCCGCCGCCGCCGCCGUCGCCGGGGAAGACUCCAGCGCAGACACUUGAUGUCACUUACAAACGGUAUGACAAAGUAUAUACUUGGGCGGGCGAGGCGACGCUGCGCGGGUACGGGCCGCCGCCAGCGCCGGGGGCGCCCGCCGACCGCGCCGACCAGCCCUACACCAUCGACUUCCGCUACCACGACUACGACCAGCUCACCAAGUUCCUGCGCACCACGUCCACGCGCUUUCCGCACCUCACCGCGCUCUACUCCAUCGGCAAGUCCGUGCAAGGGCGCGACCUGUGGGUGCUGGUGGUGAGCUCGUCGCCGUACGAGCACAUGAUCGGCAAGCCCGACGUGAAGUACGUGGCCAACAUGCACGGCAACGAGGCGGUGGGGCGCGAGCUCAUGCUGCACCUCAUCCACUACCUGGUGACGAGCUACAACACGGACACGUACGUGCGCUGGCUGCUGGACAACACGCGCAUCCACGUGCUGCCUUCGAUGAACCCCGACGGCUACGAGGUGGCGCGCGAGGGCCAGUGCGACGGCGGACAGGGCCGGUACAACGCGCGCGGCUUCGACCUCAACCGCAACUUCCCCGACUACUUCAAGCAGAACAACAAGCGCGGCCAGCCCGAGACGGACGCCGUCAAGGAGUGGAUCUCCAAGAUCCAGUUCGUGCUGUCGGGCGGGCUGCACGGCGGCGCGCUCGUCGCCAGCUACCCCUUCGACAACACGCCCAACUCCACUGUGUUUGCGCACGCUGCCAGGACUGUGCCGGUCGUCGCCGCUGUGCUCAGCGAUGAUGAGCGUGGGCGCGCGGCCUCAGUGUUCCAGAGCUACUCCUCGGCGCCGUCGCUGACGCCCGACGACGACGUGUUCCGCCACCUGGCGCUCACCUACGCCAGCAACCACCCGGUGAUGGCGCGCGGCGCCGCCUGUCGCUCGGGCGCGCCGGCCUUCGCCCACGGCAUCACCAACGGCGCCGCCUGGUACCCGCUCACCGGCGGUAUGCAAGACUUCAAUUACGUCUGGUACGGCUGUAUGGAGGUGACUCUUGAACUGAGUUGCUGCAAGUUCCCUCCUGCAUCCGACUUGCCCAAGUUCUGGGAAGAGAAUCGCAUGGCGCUGGUGAAGUUCCUGGGCGAGGCGCACCGCGGCGUGAGCGGCUUCGUGACGGACGACGGCGGCAACCCGGUGGCGCGCGCCGCGCUCAAGGUGAAGGGCCGCGACGUGGGCUUCCAGACCACCAAGUACGGCGAGUUCUGGCGCAUCCUGCUGCCAGGCGUCUACAAGCUCGAGGUGUACGCGGACGGCUUCCUGCCCAAGGAGGUGGACUUCAUGGUGGUGGAGCAGCACCCCACUCUCCUCAACGUGACGUUGCACCCCGCGAAGGUAGGCGUGGACGGCGUGGGCGGCGGCGCGGGCCGUGUGCCGCCCGCGGCCGGGGGCGGGGGCCGUGGCCGGGGGGGUGCGGCCGCGCCCGCCGCCGCCCUAGGUUCGCGCCGGAGGCGCGCGGCGGCCGCGGCGCCGGGUCGGAGCGCGGGAGAGGGGCGGGGCCGGCUGCUGGCGGCCGGGCCCCGCCGCCCGGCCGGCGGAGCCGCGGGGAGAGGAGCCCGCGUGGCGGCCGUACGCCUUCCGAGACGGAGCGCCGACGCGGGCGCGGCGUUGGGGCAGGGGCGGGGGCGGCGUCCGAGGCGGUGGCGCCAGCAGCGGCCGCGGACGGAUGAUGCACUAAGGAGUAUCAGAAGGGAUCUGCCCAGUUCUGAUCUCUUGUCUGCGGCACUUGUAACACCAAUACCUUCAGCAGUGGUGGUGGAUGAAUCAAUUGUCUUCCCCACUUUAUAGCACAGAAUGUGGUUUUUGGUGUAAGUAAGCAUGCUGUAGAAUAAGCCAGUCAGCCAAUACCAUGGGAAUAUUCUGCCUUCUCUAUUCCUCAUUUUGAGAGGUAGUGAGAAAAUUAUUGCUCUCCCUCUACCCUGCUUUUUCAUAUAGAUUUUUAACUAUAGACCUCAUGGUUAACAGAAGAGCAUAAUCUACUAAUUGUAUAACAAUGAUUUUGUUAUGAGAACAUACUAUAUCAAAUCUGAUAAAGGUAUCAAAAUGGUUUGGCUGAUUGGACGGGGUUAAUAUCUUUCUAUGUAUAUAUGUAAGUACUGGCUUCCAAAUAUAACUGCUUCUGUAUCUUUUGGUUUUGUAGAGUACAAGCUUUAAUUGCUCUUUAUUGAAUAUACUUUGCUCACUAGAAUAUUUAAUCUGCAACUUCAUUCUUAGAAAUUAAAAGUAAACUAGAA